GGAGAAACGUCUAGACCUUGCGAGAGUGUCAGCUCGCCGGGUAUGAAUGAGCUGAUGGGCGAGCAGAGGAUCAUUAUUUCUCCUCCAGGGAUAUUCAAGCAGGGACAUCCAGAUUAGACUAAACCCAAAGAUGACGGCAUCAAAGGAUAUUGCUAUCGGCAUCGACCUCGGAACCACUUACUCCUGCGUGGGUGUUUUCCAGCACGGGAAAGUAGAAAUCAUCGCCAACGAGCAGGGCAACAGGACCACCCCCAGCUACGUGGCCUUUAACGACACCGAGAGGCUCAUCGGCGACACCGCCAAGAACCAGGUGGCGUUGAACCCCAGCAACACGGUGUUUGACGCCAAGCGACUGAUCGGAAGAAGGUUUGACGAUCCGGUGGUGCAAGAGGACAGGAAGCACUGGCCCUUUAAGGUGGUGGCCGAUGGAGGGAAGACCAGGUUGGAGGUGCAGUUCAAAGGGGAGGACAAAACCUUCUCCCCCGAGGAGAUCUCCUCCAUGGUGCUGGCCAAGAUGAAGGAGAUCGCAGAGGCGUACCUGGGCCAGACCGUGUCCAGCGCUGUUGUCACAGUCCCCGCCUACUUCAACGACUCCCAGCGACAGGCCACCAAAGACGCGGGCGCCAUCGCAGGACUCAACAUCCUGAGGAUCAUCAACGAGCCCACGGCAGCCGCCAUCGCCUACGGUCUGGACAAAGACAAGACCAAGGAACACAACGUCCUGAUCUUUGACCUGGGCGGCGGCACCUUCGACGUGUCCAUCCUGACCAUGCAGGACGGCAUCUUUGAGGUCAAAGCCACGGCCGGAGACACACACCUGGGCGGAGAGGACUUUGACAACCGCCUUGUGGACCACUUUGUGGCGGAAUUCAAGAGGAAGCACAGGAAGGACGUGAGCCACAACAAGCGGGCCUUGCGGAGGCUGCGUACGGCGGCCGAGAAGGCCAAGAGGACCCUGUCCUCCAGCUCCCAGGCCAGCAUUGAGAUCGACUCCCUCUUUGAGGGCGUUGACUUCUACACCUCCAUCACCAGGGCUCGCUUUGAGGACCUGUGCUCCAAGCUGUUCAGAGGAACUCUGGAGCCGGUGGAGAAAGCGCUGAGGGACGCCAAGAUGGACAAGGCCCAGAUCCACGACGUCGUCCUGGUCGGGGGCUCCACACGGAUCCCCAAAAUCCAGAAUCUCCUACAGGACUUCUUCAACGGCAAGGAGCUGAACAAAAGCAUCAACCCCGACGAGGCGGUGGCGUACGGCGCCGCCGUCCAGGCUGCCAUCCUCACUGGUGUCAACUCGGGCAACGUGCAGGACUUGCUUCUGCUGGACGUGGCGCCGCUGUCGCUGGGUAUCGAGACGGCGGGAGGGGUGAUGACGCCGCUGAUUCAACGCAACACCACCAUCCCCAGCAAGCAGACGCAGACCUUCAGCACCUACUCGGACAACCAGACCGCCGUUUUCAUUCAGGUCUACGAGGGCGAGAGAGCCAUGACCCGGGACAACAACCUACUGGGGACCUUUCAACUGAGCGGAAUCCCGCCGGCACCGCGAGGCGUGCCGCAAAUCGAGGUCACCUUUGACGUGGACGCCAACGGGAUCCUCCAGGUGUCGACGGUGGACAAAAGCAGCGGCAAGGAGAACAAGAUCACCAUCACCAACGACAAGGGACGUCUGAGCAAGGAGGAGAUGGACAAGAUGGUGCAGGACGCACAAACCUACAAGGCAGAGGACGAGCUGCAGCGGGAAAAGGUCGCCGCCAGGAACUCUCUGGAGUGCUACACCUUCAACGUGAGGCACAGCGGACGGGACGCCGAGUGCGGCGAGGAGGACAAGAAGGCGCUGAUGGACAAAUGUGACAAGACCCUCAGGUGGCUGGAGAACAACCAGCUGGCCGACAAAGACGAGCUCCGGCACAAGCAGAACGAGCUGGAGCGAGCAUGUCAGCCAGUCAUCAGCAAGCUGUGUCAGGGGGCGGGGCCUGCGGGAGGACGGUCGAAGCCCGCCCCCCAGGGGCCCACCAUUGAAGAGGUGGACUGAGGUGUAACAAAGUAUGUAACUUUCAAAUCACACAUUUAUGCACUAGACUUUUUUGUAUUGGUGGAAAAAAGUUAUUAAUUUUUAUCACAUAUUCUAUUUCUUCAUUAUAAGCCUGUUGGAUGUUUUUAUAGUUACUGUAAAGAUCCUAGUCAUCCGUCCACAUACUGUCCACAAUGGGGGCCCGAGCCUUCAGCCGGUCAGCCCCUCAUCUUUGGAACGCAUUACCCUCAGACCUUCACAAUAUGGACUCAUUUUCCCUCUUCAAGAUUCAAAACACAAUUAUUUCUGACUCUUUAUUCACUGUAAAUUAUGGCUAUCUUUGUUACUUAUCCAAUGAUGAUGAUGAUCUUUUCUACAUUGUCUUUUUGUGCCUAGAAAGGCGCCUUAUAAGUAAAUUGUAUUAUUAUUAUCAGUGUAAUUUUACUGAACUUGCAUUAAAUUUGCUUUAUAAAUAAACCUUGACAGCU